AUGGAGAAUUGGUUAGAUAAAUUAAAACCAAAGACAUUAUUAGUAGAAACUGGAAAGUUAUUUAGAAAUCAGAAGUAUAAUCAUAAUAUGGUUGACUUAAUAAGAACAGUAGGAGCAUUAGAAUAUGUGGCUAAGCAAAGAACAAUAAAAUACGAGGGAGGAACUGGUAAAGAUGGGGGCAAAUUUUUGAUACUUAAAACUAACCCAGAUAAAAUUUUUGUAUUUGAUAAACAUGUACCAAAGAAAGAGUGGGGAGAAUUAAGAGAAGGAAGUAGUUACGAGUUAGAAUUAAAAGAGGGAAAAAAUGGUAACAAAAAAUUAAUGGGAUUUGCUGGGGCAGAAAAAGAAACACCAAAAAAAACUUUAUCUAAGGCUAAGCAUAGUGCCGAGGAAAUAGCAGAGGCAUUUUUAUCGCUAGACCCAGAGAGAAAAUUUUUCACUAAAUCAGCAAAAGGAAACUUCCGGCUACAAACUAUGCUUCAUAUUUCGCAAAUGCUUUAUUGUUCCAAAACCGGCAAGCCUCUUUUUAAAGACCAAAUGACUGCUUAUCCUCCUUUUUUAAAAAGUGGUUUAAUUAAAAAAAGUGGCGACAAAUUUAACGAAGUGGAUCAGGAAUAUAUUGAAAAGUUUAAAAAAGAUGUCAGUCUGGCCGACAAAAUAAUAACUUGGGAGCAUUAUAAAGAAUUCGGACAACAUUCUGUCUUUUGUUUAGGAAAGCCAUGCCAAGGCUAUGAGAAGAUAACUGAACAGACUUGCGAUAAUUGUAAAGAGGAGUUAGCAAAAAGUAAACAAUGGGAAGAAAAAUAUAGCAAAGCAAAGAAUAAGAUGACGCGAAAAACCCUAAGAGAAAUAACAAAAUUAGCCAAAUAA